AUGGGUACCGUGUCCUACCAAGAUGGCAUAGCUAUUCUCCAGCUCGUCAUAUUUCCAUUUAUUCUCGCCGCUGCGCUUUUCAUUUGGAAGCGGACUGGCUGGAGUGUCGGCAGCAAGAUUUGGCGAUACGGCGUCACGCUCUCUCUCAUUCGGAUCGCCGGAAGUAUUUGUUCGCUGUUGACGAUUAGCCAUGAUUCAUACAAUAUCGAGGUCGCGGUGGCAGUGUGCGAGCUGAUUGGUAUUGCACCUCUGUUGCUGACCUAUAUCGGACUACUGAGACAAAUAAAUGUCUCUACUAGCGAUACGGAUGAGAGGAUACAUCCUAAGGGUCUCAAAAUUGUAGCUAUCGUCUGCUUUAUCGGCCUCAUUCUCGGUAUCGCGGGAGUUAGCAGCGCCGAUGACAACAAAGGCACCUACCAUGCAGACAGCAUCGUUAAGGCGUCCAUGGGCAUCUUCCUCGCCGUGUUCGUCGUCAUUCUUGCAAUGACUGCUUGGCUAUGGUUCCAGCUCCGUUCCACAUUAUGGGUGUUCCAGAAGAAGCUGUUCCUCGCCGUUGCCCUUGCUUGUCCCUUUCUAUUAGUCCGGUUGAUCUACUCGGCGAUCAGCGAUUACACCGACAAUUCUGAUUUUGCUAUCCUCGUUGGCAACCCCACCAUCUACCUGUGUAUGGAUGUGCUGGAGGAGAUCAUUGCUAUGGCUAUCACUAUGGCCCUUGGGAUGUCAGCUGUGCUUGAGACAGACUUCGUAAAGCUCACUCGACAUAAGGCGAUCUCCGACCCGAAGGUUGAUGAAGUAUAA